CGGUAUACAGACUGCUUAACGCUAGCUUCACUGGCGACAAAAUAAACAAAGUUGCUAAGGAAAGAUUUAGCGGUUUAAAUUGAAAUGUGUGAUUGUAAUCACUUCUCCAUGCUUGUCUAAAAUAAAUUUGACUAUCACUGAAAUCAUCUUGACUGUCAUUUACUUAAAUUACAUUAGUUUUAAUCAGAAUGGCGGACGAAGAAGGAAAGAAAUCUGCCAGCCCAAAACCAACUUCCCCCACUGGAGAACAAGAGGAGAAACCACCAAGUCCAACACAGCAGGCAGGUGAAGGUGAUGCACAAACGGAAGCAAGAAGUCCAGUGCAAACUACAGAAGAAGAUGGUAAACCUUUAAGCCCUACAGAAGAUAAAAAAGCAGAUGAUGCUGGACGUAAGUCAAGGAGUCCGGAGCCUGGACAAGAAGAGCAAGUAGAGCAGCCUUCAGAGGCUGGCCCUGAUGAUGCUGGUAGGCAGUCAAAAAGUCCUGUACAAAAAGAGCCAUCUGUUGAGGAGGAAAAAAAUGAAAAUGCUGAUGGAGAAGAAGAACAAGCAGAAAAAAUGGAAGCUGAAACAACUGAACAAGCUACAGAACAAGCUCCAGAAACUGAGGCAGCCGGUGGAGACGACGAGGCACCUGAAACGUCAAAAGAAGAACCUGAACAACAGCAGCAAGAACCAAAUGAAGAAGUGAAAGAACCAGAGGCUGAAACAACUGAACAGCCUGUGGAACAAGAAGCAACUCAAGAAGAAGCUCAAGCCAGACCUUCCUCUGCUGCCAGUCAGAAGAGCAAGCCUGAAUCUCCAAAACCUACUCCUGAGGAGCCCCAGGUGGCAGAGAUACCAGAGGCCCCACAAAUACCGUCACCAGAGAGACCAGAAUCAGGACUGGAAGGCACAAUGUCAAAUACAGCUUUGAAUAUUAUUUGGUCGUUUGGACUGAAUCGCAAUGUUCCUGUGUUGAACUUGACAGACAAUACAAGAAAAGUGAUAAUGUACUCCUGUGCCCAUGUUGGAAUCUUAUACGACUUCAACAGUAACAGACAGCAUAUUCUUCAAGGACAUUCUAAUCCUAUCAGUUGUACAUGUGUCAGUGAAGACAAGCGGUGGUUGGUGACAGGAGACAGGGGAAAAGACAGUAUGGUUAUAGUUUGGGACACAUAUACAGGGGUUCCAAUCCAAACAAUAUUUGACACAACAGGAAGUGAUGAAGGUGGGGUUGUUGCAGUAGGAAUGACUCCGGAUGCUAGGUAUCUAGCCACUUUAAGUGCAGCAAAAUCACAGGUAUUGUCAAUCUGGGAGUGGACGGUGGAUGGAGAGACACCCUUGUGCUCUGCUCAGCUUAAACCCUCGUAUGGCGUACAGAACUUCAUACUCUUCAAUCCAGAAGAUAUACACUAUCUAGUGACCAACAGUGACUCUCAAGUGAUCUUUUUUAAUUGGAGCAAUGGUCACAUGGAAUAUUUUGCACCUCCACUGACAGACCAAGAUUUCAACAAACAGGUUGGUCGCUACAGCCAGUCAAUAUUCCAGAGGAACAGUUCUCGAGCUCUCACUGCCACUUCCAUCGGAAAUCUUGUUGUAUGGGAUAACAAUAAACCUGUUACUAAAGAGCAAAUAGAGGAGAUUUACAAACAUGAAGUUGUGAGUUCUGAACCAUCAGCCAACAAGAAAGCUCUCAAAAUCAUUAGAUUACAGGACAGAGGUAUCAAUGUGAUAACAACCACAGAUAGGUAUAUUGUGGUUGGAGAUGUAGCAGGCCAUGUUAAAUUCUUUGAUCAGAGCUUAAAGUUGGUUCAUUGGUACCAAGAUUUGAAUCUAGGACCCAUCGCAUCUGUCUCUUUUGCAUUUAAUCCAGAAUUCUUUGGCUUGGCAAGAGAAGGCACCAAUUACCCUCCUGACGCUACAAUACAAGCCAAGCAAUUUGUAAUACGUGACUUUGUUGUUGGUAGCAGCAUUGCUAUCUUUGGAAAUGUGACAGCUGAUGGAACCAAGGUCAAGGUUAUCCAUAGAGAACAUGAUGCUGCAAUACAUGCCCUUGCAGCUCAUCCCACACAGCCAAUUGUUGUCAUAGGAAGCUAUUCUGGUUUGCUCAAAGCCUGGAAUUAUGAAAAGAAACAAGUAAUGGUGUCGCGGGCCUUCCAGAGAGGAAAUCUCAUCAGGUGUUGCAGUUUCUCUCCCAACGGAGCAUAUCUUGCUGUGGGUUUUGUGAAUGGUUCAGUUCGGAUCUUGGAUUCUAUCACUCUGCAGGAUGAAGUUCAGGAGCCAUUUAGAUAUGCCAGGGAUGCCAUCACACACAUAGAGUUCUCCCACGACUCAAAAUAUCUCGCUACAGCUGAUGCUGAGUAUACAGUGUCGGUAUAUGUGCACUGUCGUGGGAUAGAUGUAGAACCGUAUCAAUAUCUUGGUAGAUACAGGGCUCACUACAAACCUAUUAAAGAUUUAAUGUUUGGUAUACAACUUGAUGCUGAUGUGCCCAGAUUGUUGUCGCUAGGUGCUGACAGAUUUCUUGUGGAGUAUGAUUUAGAAAACAGUACGAAGGAUGAUUUACGUUUGGCAAGUACAGAUCGUAUAGAGCAAAGUGCUGUACCACAAUGUAUGACCUGGUAUCCACCAAUCACAAAGGAACAUUUCAUUGUUACAGCAAGUGAUCAGGUAUGGGAACUUCCUAGGAACUUCUAG